AUGUCUGACCAAGGUUGCUUCAAGUGCCACCAGCAGGGCCAUUUUUCUCGCAACUGCCCGACCAACCCGUCCGAUGGUGGACGCCAGAGAGGAGGUGGAGUGGUGUUGUAUUGGGGGUGUUGAGUUUAGGUAAAUACAUUAUCUCUCAAUUUCUUACUGAAUGACAAUCAUGUUGAGAAACGCAAGUUUUCGUGUGAAGGAAUUCCGGAGAAGUGGAGGAGGAGAAAUGUGUUUAAUGGUGGAAGUGUUUAGGAGUAGAAACUAAUAGUGCCUUUUUGCCUAUAUCGAAUUUGUUUUUCCAGGAGCUGUCUGCUACAACUGCCAAGAGCCGGGACAUUUCUCUCGUGAUUGCUCCAAGGGAGGAUCCGGAGGUCAGCGUGGAGGAGGCGGUGGUGGCGGAUCGUGCUACAACUGCGGAGGACGCGGUCACUACUCUCGUGAUUGCCCAUCAGCCAGAACCGAAGGAAACCGUGACAAGUUCGGCGGAGGCGGCAGAAGCUUCGGUGGAGGACAGAAGUGCUACAACUGCGGACGCAAUGGACACAUUUCCCGCGAGUGCACUGAGAGCGGAUCGGCCGAGGAGAAGCGCUGCUACAACUGCCAGGAGACCGGACACAUUUCGCGUGACUGCCCGAGCAACGCCAACUAA